AUGCAUAGCAAGUUUGGCUAUGCUGGGCUCAACAAGGUGCUGGCCCGGAUCUAUCCCGUAAUGUAUUUGGUCGCCCAGCUGCUAGCAAUUGAGGACAAGUACAAAGAUUGGAAAGAUUUUCUGGUGAAAAGGUUAACUGGAGCAAGAACUUUGCCUUCUAAUUUUUAUUCUAAAGUUCAUGAUAGUUUGCGGUCAAGGUUCAGGUGUGACCUAAACUUGGAGGUUGUGGAUAAAAAUAGGAUAUGUCAAAUAAAAGUAGCAACUAUUAAGAAAAUUGUAGGUAAACGGUUACAUAUAAAAUAUUAUGAUGCAGAUCCUGAGGAAGAUGGGGGGUUUUGGUGCCAUGAAGAUUCUCCCUUAAUACACCCUGUAGGAUGGGCACGCCGUGUUGGCCAGACAAUCGAUGCACCUCCGGCCUACAUUGACCGUUGCGUUAAAGGACUGCGGGACAAGGACGAUGCAACAGAAGACCUUUUCCCUCUGCCAGACCACAUCCCCUUCGCGCCUUCCCAGUGUUUCCAAGAGGGCAUGAAACUGGAGGCAGUGGAUCCCCUCAAUCUCUCCGCCAUUUGUGUUGCCACUGUUAUGAAAGUGUUAAACGAAGGGUACAUCAUGAUUCGAGUAGACUCUUACGAGGAGAUGAACGGUUCAGAUUGGUUCUGUUAUCACAUGAGCUCCCCGUAUAUCUUCCCAGCUGGCUUCUGUGCAUCACACGGUAUCCCGUUGUCAGGACCCAAAGGGUGGGAGAACACCACCUUUGAAUGGGGCGAAUACCUUCGCACAACUGGUUGUAUUGCAGCACCACUCAAUCUCUUCAGUAGGGACAUUCCAUCUCACGGAUUUGAAGUCGGCAUGAAGCUGGAAGCUGUUGACCUGAUGGAGCCUAGGUUGGUGUGUGUCGCAACCAUCUCCAGGGUCAUUGGGAGGCUACUGAAAAUCCAUUUUGAUGGAUGGGAGGAAGAGUACGACCAAUGGCUAGACUGUACCAGCUCGGAUAUGUACCCAGUGGGCUGGUGUCAGCUGGUAGCUCACAAGCUGGAGGCACCACCAUCACCUGUCAAGAACGGCCUCAACCAAGGCAAGGGUACCAGUCGUAUAGGACGCAAGAGACGUCGUCGCGUGGGCAACAAGAAGCCUGGUGGAGUGGUGGGGCUGCGUAAAGCUGUGGUGACUGAGAGUCCACUAGCCGUGCCACUCAGACCAGAGUACAUCUGGAUGGCUGAGCCCAUGCAGGACAGCGUAUUGACAGGUGACGAGAACAUGUCUCUGGUAGACGAGCUAGUUGCUAGCCAGCCAGAGACAGCUCACCAGCCUCCUGUGCUGCUGGAGUUGCUGCCCCCCUGCCCACCCCCGCCACAACAGUGCACUCCUGCUGCUCCCUCUAUGCCAGGGCCAGUGCCUGACUGCACUCCUCUCCCACCCACCACACAGCAGGAGAUGAACGGGUGGAGCAACCACAGUCCUAGCCCCAGCCAUGUGAUCCCGAGACUGAUUGAUCAGAGCUGUGACACUAGGGAGCUCGUACCUCACCUGUGGUCUGUUCCGGAGGUGGCGGAGUUUCUGCGAGUAAACGACUGCGGUGCUUACACUGAUAGUUUUGUCAGCAAGAAUGUGACAGGUGCCAAGCUUCUGAGUCUGACCAAAGACGAGAUUAUGGAUCUCACUGGAAUGAAGGUGGGACCUUCUCUGAAGAUUGAAAAUCUUAUCACGCAAUUAAAAAUCAAAGUGAACCCUGCUCAGGAACGGAUGAAAGCUGGAUUCAAAAAACAUUUGUAAACUUGCUGUGUUUGAGCAACCCGGAGCAAAAUUAUCUUGUGUUAUACGUUAUGAAAGCCUUAUUGGUGUUUUGUUCCUCUGCUCGACAAUUCCACGUGGAUGAGUGUCAUUAGUGGUUUCUUCAUUCCAUUUUAGUAUUGUUUCAUUUAAUUCUCUUCAAAAAAUUAAGUAAGUUUAAAAAUUUUGAACUCUUGACCAAUCUUAAAAGCUUUAAAUGAUUAUCACAUCAUUAUUAUUGCACAGUGUAUAUGCUGUGUGGAACUGUUUUGUUUGUUCGGACACCUCAUUUUAGUUUUAUUUAAUUUUAUUUCAACAGUUUUUAAUUAUCAUAAAUAGUUAGAAUUAGUUUCUUAAUAGUUCCUUUGAUCUGUUCGUUGCAUUCGUUAUUAACACAUAUUAAGUGACGUAACAUUUUUAUAUCGUUUAAUAUUAAACUGAACAAAUAUCUCAAAACUGAAUCUAAGAGGACAUUUGUAGGAACAAUAUUACUUACAAUAAAUACUGCGCAAUUUUUGCAGAGACAUCCAGUAAAUGUGUUACUCAAAUAAAUAAGUUUUAAAUAACAAAUUUUUGUUGUAGGAUAAAUUAUUUUUAUCAUUUGGAUACUUAUAUUCACAAGUAAAAGCACACUUUCUGUUACAAAGCUACAUUUUUCAAUACAUUUUUAAACCAAAUUUAAUAAUCACUGCAAUACACACACUCAGAGCAAAAGCAUGUAUUUGUUAUAAUAACAUGAAAUGUUUUGUUAUUCGUAACUAAUUAAAACUGUAAGUACAUAUUGUUAUUGAAAUUCUAAUAACGAAUUGUAUAAAAUUUCUGUGUUCUAGUUCUUGUAAAGAUAUUAUUUUAAUCAGUCCAUACCGGAAGUUUUCAAUUACAAGUAACUGUAAACUCAAUUAAAGAAAAGUUUUACAUUUUAAUGAAUUGUAUAGGUCCAUUUUAUGAUGUGAAUUUUUCAUAGAACAUUUCUCAGAUGUCUCCUCUGGUUCUAGACAAGUUGAGAAGUAUGGGAUUUAUUUUUCUUUGUGCAGGUAAUGAGAUUUAGUUUUACAUUAUAAUUAAUAUUUUAAGGGGAUAAAAUGUACAUGCAGAGGAACAUUAAUCAUCUGAAAGCCUGCAGGAAAGUUUGUAUGAUUCUAGUUAUUUUUAGCAUAAUAUUUGUUAAGUGGGUUGUAUGCCUUGUCAUGUAUUUUGUAUAUUGAUAAUGUUAAUAGUCCUGCUGUAUAUUUAUUUUUUUACAUAGUAUUAGUAAUUCCAUUUCAGUAUUUUUAACAAUUUUAUUUAUUUGUUAUAUUUUGCUUCUUGUAGAUUCAAAUAGGCUAAACUCUAUGUAUCCAUUUUGAUUUUUUAUACACAGUACAAUUAAUUCUUAUUUCUAAGAAAAUGAUAAUUUCACACAAGUGUUUUGUUUCAUGAAAAGAAAGUACACACGAUGGUUUGUUUUGUUUUUCUAAAUGAUUUAUAUUGUACUUCAAAUAAAAUUUAAAAUGUUCCUUAUAGCACAAGCCAUAAGAAGUUAGAAACAGUUGAAGUGGCCCUAUAAAACGUGAAUCUCGCAAUUGAAAUAUCAAGCAAUAAAUUGGGAAUUGCUAUGUAAUUAAAAUUUUAAUUUCAAAUACUUUUGUUAAGUACAUAAAUGGUUUAUGUUUAUUGUAAUUAAUACAUUGCGUUAAUUAUCAGAACGGUUUUAACUGAUUUUUAUUUUUGUGGAAGAAUACAUUUAUUUCAUAAGAGGAAAGUGGUUUGAAAGAGAAAAUUAUUCAAUACAAAACAUUUGAUUAAUGUAAUCUGGAUUUUAGUUUCCUUGACUGCACUAAAAUUGUCUUACGUAAAUCUUUAUCUGAAUGACAGUGAUCAAUCGUGACUGUCCAUUGCACUACACGUAACUAACAUUCACUCGUCUAUUCCAGGCAUGGCCAUUUUGACAUUUAAAAUUUUUAUUUUACUCAUUAAAUGCUGAUAAGGUUACUCCUAUACUAGCAUCUUCUCUUCUAUGUACCUGUUGCUAGCUACUUAUCACUUUCACUGCCGCCUCCUAAUUUUGACAACUUUGUUACACUGCCUCCUGUUUUAAUGAUUUUUUAAAUAAAUAUAAUUUGUUAAGUAACUAUAAGACUUAAUUUUUGUUAAAGGUUAGCAGACGAAUUAGCAGAACGAUAACAAACGGCCGCGACGACGAGUUCGUAAACAAACCACUUUUUUCCGAUAUUCAGGUGACUGCCAACAACAUUUCAUAGAUCAUAAUCACUAGGGUAAGAAAUAAAAACAUGGAAAUAGUGAAUGCAUUUUUAUUACUGUAAAAGUCAAUGCCAUUAAAAGACGUCGACAGUCUAAAGAAGUCCAUGCGCGAUGUCAAAUGACAUUGUUGGCAGUGAAAGUGUUAACAGGAUCCUUCUUUAGUUAUGUCUUGAAAAAAAUCUACAGCAUUUCUUAAUCUUCGCCUGAGAGAUUGUGGAGUUCUCAAUGUAAGGCCAUUUCCGUCGUAGGUAUCAGUGUCUCAUAAUUCUGUAUUGUUCAGUGCUCUCUUAAAAAAAUUUUUUAUCUUACAUGAUUAUUCAGUCUUUAGACCUCAAUACCCGGGCCUUCUCUUUUCUUUUUUGGUCACGAAGUUUCUAGACCAGCCUUUUGGUGUCUAAAUCUAAAGAUCAUCAAUGAAAGUGGCGAUAGCUUCUUUAUGACAUUGAAGUAGUUGGCCAGGUGUGGCAGUAAUGUCAAAAAUUGUUUUUAAUCAUGUAAAGGUGGUAAUGACGUAUGUUACGUGAGGUGCAAAGUAGUUUUUUUCAGCUGAAGACACUAAUUAUGCUUAUGCUUUUACCUAUAUAUCAUUUCCCACGCAUAUUACAGCAAAUCCCGCUCAGUAAAAAUUAUUCCUCACACUUUUGAAGGCAAAUGUUGCAUUCAAAGUUUAUGUCCUCCAUCACAAACUAUUUAGUUCAUUAAAUUGGUGAUAAAAUGAUAUUUUAGAAUGUUACAAAAUUUGCUCUAUUGUUCGUGGUCUAAUAUUAUCAAUCUAAAACUGGUUGUAACUGCAACUAAAUGCCAUCUUGUACUGUAUGCUGGUGUGUUUAACAGCUUUUUCCGUGUAGUGAGGAUGACAGCAAUUCUUGAGAUCUGCGCAAUCCUAUGUUGGUUUAUGUGUUAUAUGUUACAAUACAUCUAAACAUUGUUCACUUCGAUUUUGUUUCCUUUAUAUUAUAAUUUUUCAUUUAAUUUGAAAAUUCUGUUUUAUUUUCUUAUAGGCUACAUAUUUAUUUGUAAAAUAUAAAAUAGUCAUUAUAAACUAGUUUCAUUUUUUCACUACCUGUGAUAAUUUUAGAAAUCUUGAUUCUUCAUGAAAAUAAAUUUGUUUAGCUAUUUGCACACUAUGGAGAGAUAUUUGUUUUACAAGUAAAUGAUAUUCAAUGGAAAAGACAACUCUUAGUCUUAACUUCGUCUUUAAUAAACAUACUUUUUAAUUUCAAGUCAUUAGGAAUAAUUCCAGUCAACUUGCAGGGACCAGAAAAACAAAAAAUAUUCCAGGGGGAGGAUAGAUUUAUCGAUAAUUUAGUUACAUCUUUAAACUGAGAAAUGAUAAAUUUUUGAAGAUAAAUUUUAUGAAUGAGAAUACAGUUGGGAUCAUUAGGGCACAGUUAUCAUUCACUCAAAUUAAUAUAAAAUAUAUCAGAGGAAUUGCCAUAUUUUUGGACAUCUCUGACACAGAGUAUCGCCAAUUCUAAAGGAUAGAUAUGAAUAUGUUAACUUGUUAAGAACAAACAUUGUGCUUUAAAAAAGUUAAAAUAUGCCCUUUGUACCAGGUAAGAGAUUUACUAGACCUCUAUCCACAUGUACAAGGUGUUUCAUUUUAACAGGCUCAUUAUCCUUGUUUACUCUUUUUGUAAACAAUUAACCCUAGAACUGGCAUGCAGUCCAAUUGAACCGAACAGCAGUAGCGGGUGUCACUAAGUGAGCUAUCGGCACAUUCAGUAUAUUAAUCCAGAAUAUUUGAAUAUCUAUGAGGCAUUUAUUAUCGAAUCAUGGCCAUAAUAAUAAAUAAAUAAAAAUGCCUUUAUUAAGCGUUUUUCCGUACAUAACUGUUUUUCAGAUUAACUUGUGUCAAAUGGUAUAUGCCUAAUAACUAAUUAACAACUAAAUAACAAUAACAUACAAACUAUAACAAAGAUUAAAAAAACAGUUAAAACGCUGUGACUUAAACAUUUUAAGACGUCAAAUAUAGAAGUAAAAACUAUGUAAGUAAAACAUAUAAAAGUUCCACAACCUACAAACUAAUAAAAAAGAUCACUACUUAAUAUGCAGUUAUAAUAGUAACAUCUUGGUUGCUGAUGUAUAAUUUUUUGUUUUAUUUUUAAACAUGCUAACAGCAUAAGUCGUUACGGUGUCAGGGAUGUCAUUAUAAAUGGUUGGGCCAAAGUAGCUGAAGCUUUUCCUCCCGAACUCAAGCCGCACUUGGGGAAAGUGAAAUUCUCCUUCAAGUGAACUCUUACCGAUACGACAGUUUGUGUCCAAGAUAAUGAGGCUCUCCAAGACAUAGGACUUUGUGAGUUUACAGUUUAUCAGGACUCUCCAUACUUCUUCCAUUGGGGCCAAACCGACUCGAUUUCAGUCGAUUCAGACAAAAAAUUAACGUAACGGCCAAGUUUUGCUCUUCGGAAUUCUACAAGCAUCCCCCCUCCCCUCAGAGAUACUAUUUCCAUUUGCAGAAUAAUAGCUUUUAAGACUUAAAAAUCUACUUAUACCACAAUAACACCGAAAUUGUAAUAUGCAUUAGUCCGUACUCACGGCAGGAACAAAUGAGUCGUAAAGUAACUAGCAAGACACUUAAAUCAUAAAAUACACUUAUAAGUGACAAUAUAAACAAACAUUACUUAAUUUUGAUGAAAAACAUUCUCAUUUUCUAUAAUUUAAACACUAAGCACAUUUUAGAUAUAUUUCAUCAUAAGAUACCUUAAUUGGAUUUGACAAACAGUUUUGUUUUCUUCUAUUGUGGAAAAACAAGUAAUUUUUGUUCCAGCUAUUUUCAAAUCACUGUACGUUUUUACAUAUAUAAUGAAAUCUAGAGGUUUUCCCUCUGAAUAUAAAAUCCCUUCUCUCUGUCAUUAAUUUGAGAACUAGAACAUCUUUUAAUUCGGUUUUUGAAACUGCCUAGAAUAGGGUACUCUUGGAUUAUUCAGCUGGAGGCUCAAAGCACAUCCAAUAAUAUGUUUAGAAAUUUUUGUAUUCAAAUAUAAGUACUGUAUCUUAUAAUGAAAUGGCUUAUAUGGACAACAUUUCAAAAUGUUUAAAUAUUAGAGAAUAAGACAUUUUUUCAAAAUAAUAAAAUUAUUGUAUAUUUUUACUGUUAAAACAAAAUAAUCUUUCUUUUCCCAUAAUUGUUAACGCUUUCUGUUCCCUAUUAUUGGCUUUACUGUUAAUAUACAAAAUUUGAACACUUGUACUAGUUGUAUUGUAUUUUAAUAGGUAACAGGAAUGAAAUCUUUUUCUUUGAUUUAAUUUACUGUUGUAUAUUUGUCUUCCUAGUCACUUUUUAUUGUUUCCCGAUUGUGUAUUAUUAGAUAGUUCAUCUCUAGAAUGAGGCGAAAUAAGACUCAAGUAAAUGUGACAUAUUAAAAUGAUCUAACACUGAAAUGUAAGGCAUAUUAACGUGUAACGUCGAAUAAAAUAAACCCAAUAAAAUGAAAUUACAGUGAUGGAAAGAGUAUAAUGCAAAGCUAGUAUAUGGCAUUUCCCAGAGAAAACCUCACCAAAUUAGUGUUGAGAUUCAGCAGUUACACUAGAUGAAAAAAAAUUAAUGGCACCCCAAUAUUGGGACCUCCUGGCUACCAUAUUAGUCUGGGUUUUGAAUAGUCAAGUUGUUCAAAGGGCACUGAUCUCAAUGUAUGCAUUAACUAAGGUUGAUCUUAACGUAAAAAUUGAGGUCUACAUGUGUGGUCCGUUUUAGCUUUGUAACUACAAUGUAAUAUGACAGCAACAGAGUUAAUAUUUUGAUAUAAAUUAUUUUAAUGUCUAUAGCUCAAUUUACAAUUAACAAUGUGACAUUAAUUCAAGCUAUUAAGUAAUUUUUUUAAACUCUCACGUAGGAAUUGCAGUGGACUGGUUGGUCCUGGCAGACCCUAUAUAUGGCAUGUUCUAUGGAAAUUGUCAUAUAGGCUCUUAUUUUUGUUUAUAUUUCAGUAUGUGUUUGUCUAAAAUAAUUGUUUUUUUUGCAUAGAACUAAAGCUUAUAAAUAGAGUUUGGAUAGCAGAAAUUUAUUAUAUUUACAAAAAUUAAUAAUUUAAUGAGUACAAAUAUUGUAUGCAAUUAUUAAGAAAUUGUAAUAUCUAAUGGAGAAUUGAACCAAACCCACAUUUAAUGUAAAAAAAUAGUAAUGAUGUAUAUAGAUAUUUCAAGUUAUGUUGUAUCUAACGAGUGUGAAAAUAGCUAAAAAUAUGUGAUACACAAUGCAUGGAAAUUACAAUAAAGCCAACUACGCAUUACAGAACAAUCUGUUCGGGUGUCAAGCGUAGUUGGCUGCCUCUAGCCGUUUGUGCGGGAGAGGAUUAAACACACUGUACUCUAAUUAAUUUUAAAUUACAUUCAAAUAAUGCAUGACAUCCUAUUACUGAAGUGCUUUAUUUCCUUGACAAUUGUCCUCUAAUUUCGAAUAAUUAUCCUUAAAAUUGUUUCUCAAGCCGCAUUGAAUGUUUUCAAUAUUAAAUAGACGAUGUAGGCAUAAGCUGGUACUCAUUCUAUGUAUUUUGUUGUGUUGUAUUUAUAUAUGUUGGAUUGUUUGACUUGUAUGCCGAUAUUUAUGUCUAAAAGGAUUUAUGUGUGUAUUUGUUAUGAUUUUUGUACUUGACUGUCAUAUAAUACUCAAAACGGUACGUACCUGAGAAAGUCACUUAACAAACCCGAGCCACUGCCCCGACUCUGCCUUGAGCCCAACAUCCCUGUUGUCUAUAUGUACAUAAUAUACAGUUAUAGGACAUUGCCUUAAUAUCAUGUAUUUUAUCUGUAAGGUAGUUAUUGUUGUUAACUUAAGUUUUAUCCUCACCAGAGAAAGACUUGAAAUUGAGUUGUCUUUAAAAAUUGUUAAUUUAUAUCAUCUGUUCAAUCAAUUGAUUUUAAAAUGAGUGUUUUGUGAAAUGAAUAAUUUACUUUAUAUUUAUGAGUAAAAAGAACAGUUAUUCGAAGCUUAAGGACACAUGACACAAUUUAAAAUAUGAUACAUUUAUAACUGUUUUUAGUCAUACCAUAGGUUAAUUUUAUGCUGAAAUAUAUAUAUAUAUAUAUAGAAAUAAAUGAAACAUUAUUACA